AUGAAUCAUAACGAAAAAACUUCAACUAAACGUACUAAAACUACUAAAACCAAUUCUCAUGAACCUCAAAAGAAAAGAAUAACAAUUAAAAUACGUUCAACUACAACUCUGCAAGUAAUCUUGCCUAAACCAAUUCAAAAUGUUUUUUCCCAACAACUUUCUCAACAGCAACAACAGCAAAUUUCUCAACAAAAUGCUCUUCCUCAACAUGCCACUCUUCUUCAACAAUAUGCUAAACAAAUGCAAUUAAAGAAGUAUGAAUCAAUUAAAAAACAUAAUAACCAAACUGGUGAAAAGGCAAAGGAUUGGUAUUGGUAUGAUAAAUUAGAUGUAAUUUUUGGAACACAUGAAAAUAUAACUCCUUUAUGUUUAGUAAAUAAAUCAACAGGUAUUAUUGAAGAGCCAUAG